AUGGCUGACGGCACAGCGUCUCAAGUUCCACAUAUCCUCAUGGCACCUGCCCCAACAGUACGCAAGCAGAACUCGUCGUGUGAUCCGUGUCGGCGUUCGAAAAGACGAUGUGCUUUCCCGGACGGGGUCAACCCCGGCUCCCCAAACAGCUGCAUGAACUGCAUUCACCUCGGACAUAAUUGCACCUUUGAUUUUGUCAAUUCCCGUCUUAAUCAGAAGAAGAAGGCCAAGCAACCAGUCUCGCAUGCGCAAGAACAAGCCAUCGCCCCAGCCACCUCGAGACCCGAGAAGCAGUUCAUUGUUCCUCUGCCCGCGGAUCCGGAGUCCCUGGACUCCACUCAAGUGACCGCGCAAAAUGCACUCUGGAACGGAAUCCCGCAUACCGGGUUUCUUGAUGUCGAUAUGUUUAUGGGGAAUCUGGUGUCGGAAUGGACCAACUUGGAGAGCCAGGUGUUGACCUCGGAAGCCCAAGCCGCAGAGCAAUAUCAAACCAGCAACACAUCAGCCUCAACCGUGCACAGCUCGACUAGCCAUUACCAGACACCACCUAGAUCACCCAAUGACUUAUUUGCCCGAAGAAACUCGACGCUUGGCCUUUGGCGGGGCAGUCCAAUCCACUUGCUCAACUCCAGUGUUGAGAUACAGCGAAUAAACCAAAGUCUCGGCGAGGUCUACAAUUCCAUGAUGUCUGGGAUUGCCAUAAGGUAUCUGGAUUACAACUGUAAUCUAUUCGCUGGGUCAUACAAAUAUUCGUUUGACCCGGAUCAGUCAAACCCAUCAACCUUGGACAUCAACGGUGGCCAAUCCGUGAACAACGCAUUGACACCACCGUGGAAGAAAGCAAUAGUAGACACCAAUGGCCCCCAGGUGGACGCUAAUAUGGCACCGGAGAAACUGGCGAGGCAGAUCAAUAAGGUUACCAUGAUCGGAGUGGCUCGGUUUUUGGAUAACUUUGGCGCGCUUUACAGCAAUGUCAUUGAUCAGAAAACACGCAGCCAGAACGAGCGCACCUUGAUCGCUGUCCUGCAGGCAUUCGCCCUCCAGUUUGCGCCGUCGCGACAGGCGGAAGGUCCCUUGGCACGGUUCUUCGACAACCCCCAAGGCGGAAGUCAGUGCUCGACAUCAGACGCCAUGCCGGGAGACCGGAGUACCAAUAGUCAACACGUCUUCACUGCCGCUUGGUUCAAUGCGCAUUCUCAUAUGGUUUCAUCGAGGAGAAUCCGAUCCUUCGUCAAGCUUUAUUCGGUCUUCCUCUUUCUGAUGACCAGCGUACCACCAGAAGCAGCGUCCAUUCCCUGUUACGAGGACACUCCUCUCGGGCUCUUGGAUAAUGCUUUGCGCCAAAUGGAAGAACUGCAAGGGUUGGUGCAAAGCUAUUGCGGGCAUCUGGGCCGCCAGUCAAUUUAUCGAUUCCUCCUUCUAUCCUCCGUGGGUAUUAUCCGCUGGUACGGGUACCUACGCGACACCAUUGAUUCUGUGCUUCAUGAGCGGCCCUGUAUGCUAGAGGACGCGCCUCCGAGGUCGAAAGGAACCCUCCUGAGUGGUCAUUUGACUCCAGAUUGGCAGCAACCAGACCUAUUCGACCAAGAAGUCCCUAAGCAUUGUCAGAAUGCGGCAGGAGACCUUUUCCGUGCCUAUAGGGGAACCAUUAACCUGCGGCAGAUCCUCUUGACUGGUGACACAACAUACGAUAUACCUACUUUGAGGAGUGCGAUCACAUUGGCCAUGGCCAUCAACGACGAGUUUGCAUUGACCUAUGGCUCGUGGCUGCAGCAAUGCAACAUCUCUUUUUUUCUCCUCUCUGAGAAAUCAAAACUCGCUUCAGCGUUCAUGCUGUUGUUUUCGGGCUUAGCCAGUCUAUUACUCGUAGAGCAGCUGCAUCGCUCAUCCAUCAUGCUACCUCUUGCGGAGAGACAGCCCCUUCUGGACAGGGCACUGUCUUAUCAGCGAGAGGCCGUCACGUCUCUUCUUACGAUAGCACAACGUAUUGUGGACGUAUCGGCGAUGGGCGAAUUUAGACUCAUCAACAGUGUUCAAGCAAAGAUGCACUUCAUCUCACAUCAUGCAAAUACGGUCCUGGUGGUCCUGGCUUUGUCUAAAGCAAUCGAACAUACCAUCGACCUAUAUGUAUCAACCGGUCAGCAAGGCGACUUGGCCUCGACGACGUUCUCCGACAUGGAACCUGAUUCGGAGUGGGUCGCCAGUAUGAAGCCGUUGCUUACGUGUUUAUUGACGCUCGAUUCUACCGUGUCUGGAGCGAUCACUGCGAGACCAGCGCUGCAGAAACUGAUGCAGCAAUAUGGUGAUAUCCUAAUGGAUUGCUGGUCACACGAAGACACUGCUCGAAACAAGGCCAUUAAUCUCACGGCAAAUCCAGCGAACGAGGAACAUGUCGAGGACUCGUCGAUCGUCUGGCUACACGACUGCGGCUCCGAUGUCAGCAGCCGCGCCGAGCUGGUGGAUCCCAAACACUUGGGUGGCCGCGGACGGUCGCCACCCCAUGAAGGUCAUACGGCUGGUCAUAUAUCAAGCCGGUAUCUUGAAUUGUUGCUGUCCUUCUUCGUAUCAACACUCUGCUACUGGAACAAGUCAAUCCUCUUGAACUACGGAAGACACUCUCCCAGCGCAACUCGAGCUAAGAACUUCAACAUGCCCUACAGAUCACGAUGGCCAUUGACACCGCCGACGUUGUCAGUCCCGACGUUUAUGUUUAAUUCCUCGUCCUCGAACGUCAACUCGACUGAUAAAAUCUUUGCUGACGCAAAACGCCCCGAUACCCACUUCCUCACCCUUCAUACCUAUCGCGAAUGGUCGAAGCGGUUUGCUGCAGGCGUCCAGUCCGCAGGACUUGAAGAUGGGGAUCGCGUGCUCCUGUUUUCCCCGAACAGCAUCUUCUAUCCGGUUGUUGUCAUGGGUGCUUUGAUGGCUGGUGCCAUCUACAACAGUGCGAAUCCGGCAUAUACUGCACGCGAACUUGCGCAUCAGCUCAAAGAUUCCAGUCCUCGAAUCGUCCUCGCAGCGGAGAGCUGCAUAGACCGAGCUCUGGAAGCCGCUGACCUCGUCGGUUUUGACAGAGGACGCAUUUUUCUCUUCUCCGAGGUAUCCAUGGACCACACGAAAGAAGUGCCGCCAGUGCCCCAUGCCAAAGUCCAAAAUUGGAGCAAAUUGCUUGCAAGACCUGAGAUCGGUCGAAACUUUGUCUGGGAAGAGCGUCGGACCGAGGCGUUCUCGGAGCGCACUGCUAUUCUGAUUUAUUCAUCAGGCACGACCGGUCUUCCGAAGGGCGUUGAGUUAUCUCAUCGAAGCCUCAUUGCGAAUAUACUCCAACUCAAAACAAUCCACAUGUCAGAUCCCACUGUUGUGGCUCGGCGGACUCUCUGUGCAGUUCCAAUGUACCAUGCACUUGGGUUGUUAUACUACAGCUUCACAACGCCAAAAUGGGGUAUCGAGACAUACGUGAUGGAGCGAUGGAAUUUGGCAGAUUUUCUGAGUCACGUCCAAAGGUUCAGAAUUACGGAACUGGUGCUCGUUCCGCCGAUGUUAGUUGCCUUGGCCAAACACCCAGCGGUUCGCGAUGGGACAUGCGACCUUAGCAGCGUCAGGAAGGUGGCAGCAGGUGCGGCGCCAAUCGGUAUGGAAGUAACGCAACAGUUUGAAGAGCUUUGGGACGGUAGACUCAAAGUGCGUCAGGCUUGGGGAAUGUCAGAGGCACCAGCAAUCACGCUAUGCUGGGACGAACGCGAGAACUCGGGCCCAACUUCGACAUCGAUCGGCGAGUUGGUCCCUGGGGCAGAAGGCAUGCUGGUCAAUGAUACCGGCGAGGAAGUGACGCUGCCGGGGGAGACGGGAGAAUUUUGGAUCCGCUCCCCGAACGCAAUGAAGGGAUAUUGGCGCAAUCCCAAAGCCACUGCAGAAACUAUCAGCAAUGGCUGGCUAAAGACAGGCGACAUAGCAUACCGAGACGAGGCUGGAAAGUGGUACAUGGUGGAUCGGAAGAAGGAACUGAUCAAAGUCAAGGGUGUCGCAGUAGCUCCGGCAGAGCUCGAAGCUCUUCUCCUAGAGCAUAACGAGAUUGUGGAUGUUGCCGUGAUUGGCGUCAAGACGACGACGGAUGACGAACGACCACGCGCGUAUGUCGUGCGGGCACCAGGAUCACGCCUUACUGAGAAUGAUGUCGUGGACUUCGUCAAAGCUCGAGUUUCGACCAUCAAGCACCUCACAGGAGGCGUGGCUUUUAUUGAUGCUAUUCCCAAAAACCCGUCAGGAAAGAUAUUGAGGCGGCAGCUGCGGGAGAUUGCUGCAAAAGAGACGGGGUCGAAGUUAUAA